AAGAAAAUCAAUAUAAAGUUUAAAUAAAAGUUUUAAAUUAAAUUAUAAUUUUUAAUAUAAAUAAGUGUUCUAUUAUUAAAUAAACUAAUAAUUAAUGGAGAAUGUAAAAAGUUGUAAUUUAAAUUUGGUGAAAAAUCAAUGUCUUUGCCACACUCUGAUGUGUUACUUGGGGCAUGGGAGAAUAUAUUGCAAAAAUACAUAUCAACUAAAACCCACCACCCACUGUGACAACCAUGAAUGGUUGUGGAAGAAAGAAAAAACACAAAAAACAUCCCUAAAGCCAUAAAGAGUCAUUAACAUGAAAACAUUUAUUUUGUAACUUGUCAAAAGAAGAAAAAAAAUCAGAAAAAAUUGUGAAAAAUAAAGAACUUGCACCAGGAACAAGUGCGUUUCUUCGCAAAAUAAUUUCAUGUGCUUUUUUUAAGAAGUUGUUGUUGUUUUUUUUUUGUUUCUUUACUUUACUGGCAAAAUGCAUUUGUUACCUUCCAUAUACGAAAAUGUAGAUGGAGAAAAACACAAAAAAUUAAAAAAAAAAUCAUGCAUAUCUCCCUUGUUUUAAACGAGAUAUUAUUUGCACAAACGACCAAUAACACAAUAAUAAGACAAAAAAAAAGACAUUAAAAAAGCCAACAAAAACAAGCAUACACUCAAAAUAUUUAAACUACAACAAAUAUACAUGAGACUGCAAAAAAGAUACAAAAUACAACAGAAAAAAAAAGUAUGCAAUUAUGUGGCGCCAUAGAUACGCGCGGGUUACAUACACAGAUACAAAUACUGAGUAUGAGUUACAGCACAAUAAGAGAAUUUAGCUAAACUUUAAAAAAUCGAGUAAUUUUUCGUAAAAUAAUACUCUUUUGCAAAAAAGAGCACAAAAUACUUUUAAAAACAAACACAAAAAAAAACGCAUAAUUUUAUAAGAAUUAAAAUAAAUACAAUAUUCAUACAAACAUAUGCACAAUCAAUCGGUCAAGGCCGACUCCAUUACAGGAAUCAAUUUUAUAAAUAUUUUACUAAAUAUAGCAGCAGCAGAUUACAGAUUUAUAAGGGAAAUAUUUUAAAUGUUUUUAAAAGUCUGAUACAUUUUUAAUUGAAAUCUAAUCAUUCAGAAUGAAAGACGACAGUAGUGUCUAUACAAAAGUUCACAACUUAUCCAAAUUUUAUUUACUGGUUCAACUAGAAUACAGUUUAUUUGACAAGCGUUAUUUCCUAUCUCAUUUUUGUUAGCUUUUAAAUGUCAGCAUUAUUAAGCAAUAUUUCCCAUUGUACCCAUAUAUCCAGAAGACGGACUUUGCAAGAUUACCUUAGAAUCUUUCUUGAUUCUUAAUGGAAUUCACAGCCGAUAUUUCAAUGUAUAGAAAUAACAAAAUCAUCAUAUUUUCGGUACACCUGGAAGUGAUAUACAUAGGUCAUUCUUAGCUUUGACCUUUUCUCAUAUUUCCAGCUACGUAAGGAUGCAAAACCAAAUUAACAGCUCAAGGAUAAUAAUGAAUCAAAUAAAAAUCAUGAUUUUAGAAUAACUUUUAUCAAAACGCUUUUAAAUGUUUUUGUGGCUUUACGAUUUUAGCCAAUUUGUUAUUCAAACGAAGUUUGCUUUCACCGUUUUAGAUGCUUUGACAUUGAUUUGGUUCUAUAUUAUACCACUCAUAUCAUAUCAUGCGCUUCGGGUUUCUUAAAUGGAUACAUUUUUUAUCCUAUAUGAAUAUGUCUUUUUUCUAUGGCUUUUAAGUCGGAGUCAAGCUUAGUAAGUUUAGGUUUUUCGAAAGGAGGAUGUAGUAUAUAUGUAUGUACAUCAAAUUCAAGGAAAUACACCUAGGCCUAUAUCGGAUCUGUUGUGCGCUCCUUAACCAGUGCCUGAGGUGGGAAUUGAGAACACAUCACCUCCGGUCUACCAGACUAGGACACCAAUCUACAGGAGAUAAUUUUAGUUAUCGCAAAAGUUGUCAUAAUAUUCAGGCCAUUUGUUUAGAUUUGAUUAAAAAUGUCGAACAGGAAAUCCCGAUUCCUAAUAUCCCAAAGUUUUCGGGAUUUUUUAAAGUAAAUUAUCUGUUUUAAAUUUAAACAUAUUCCAGUUAGAAAAAUGUUCAUUUAUCUAUACGAAUAGUAGUCGGAUUAGACAUGUCAGUGAGGAUUGACUUCACAGUAAUUGUUUUCCAUUCAUUUUCCUAUACAUUUACAUCUGGUCGCUUGUUCCGGGGGUUUUUAACCCAAAUAAACUGCAUUCAAUACAGGUUCCCUGUAAUCGUCCGACCCGAGUACAGUAGCUCAAAGUGUAUUACUUUGUCGCCAUGGAAUUUAACUUUGACAUUGUUUCUUUUCAUUGGCAGGGUUUCUUACACCACUUCUUACGCUUUGGGUUUCUUAUUCACAUUUCCGAUUUAUACAGCAUAUAAUUCUUUGUUUUUUUUUUUUUUUUUAUUUUUGGAAGCAUGAAAAACUAAUUCGUAAAAUGUUAGAAAUCGCUGCCAACAGCCGCCUCUUGCUCUUUUUUUGAGUGCAUCGAUAUCAAAUGCUCCCUAAGACAAUAGUCCUUAAUAGCACGAUCAAUAAAUCUAAAAUAAGAAAUUAUGACUGCUUUGAAUCACUCCAUUAGCACCGUAGUUCUAACUGGAGAACGAAAAAUUCUUGAUUUUACAAAAGAUCAACAGAAUUACAUAUAUAUUCCGUUAAUCUUUUGUAAUAUAAUAGCAAAACUGUAAGUUUUCUUGGAUAAAACGACAUCCCAUAAAGUGUCAAAAUUACUAUCGAUUCCCAUCUUGAAGAAAAAGGUCACUUGAUUAGAUUAGACAUAAAACCCUGGUACACGGUUGUCAGAUCUUACAACGUUGUCAGUAAAAUGUCCACAAAAUGUUUAAUAAUAUCUAAUAAUAAACUUACAAUUUUUCUUUUUCAAAGUUGUCUGAAAAAGCGUUACCGAAAUUAUUGCAAGACAAAAUUUGUAAGUUAACAGUAUUAUUACAUAUUUUACUGCCAACGUUGUAAGAUCUAACAACCGUGUAUACAUAACAAUAGACGAUUUUUUCUUUUUAGGCUUUUAGGCCUUUUAACUUUUAUUUUCAUUCAACAAAUAUUAACGUUUUUUAUCUCAAAGUUUUGACAACACUAGACUAUUACUAUAAUUAAGAGAGUAUGAGCUCAUUAACAUUUUACUCUUCAAACAACAGAGAAACUAUUGAAAUGAGAACUUACUAUAUUGUGUCAUUUCAAUCAUCGAUCACAUCAAUACACACAUCAAAGUGAUCGUUAAUGUUUGCAAUUUAUUUAAACAAUAAACGUAAAAAUAAUACAAAUGAAAACUAUUGGAAAAAGUAUGGAAAAUAAAAACAUAUUAAUAAGAAUGCUUAUCACGAUUGAAAGCAAGACAUGCCUUAUCUGUAAGACACAAUUACUAAUAGAAUGUCUAAGGCAAAACUCGAAAAAGCGUAAAAAAACAAAUAAAUAUACAAUAAAUGCAAAAAACAUUUAAUAACAAACCAGACAGACUAACUAACGCAAGUAAUGUGGUAAAAGCCUAACAAAAAUAUUUUAAACUGGUUGCACCCAUCUUUUACAUGAAAGAAACUAAUUUUAUAAAUAAAUAAAUUUAAUAAUAAUAAUAAUGCUUGUUUACUCUAAUUAUUUACAGAUAUGUAAGCCUAUAAGUCCCGAAAAAUGGCAUUUAUUAUAGAAACAUUUGGAUACUAACACAAAACAUAUCAUUGAAAAGGAAAAGCACCUUUAAAAAAUCGAAAACGAAAGUGUUUGAAAAUCAACUACACCAAGAGGGGAGAAGAACGAGAAAUAAUUGUAAACAAUGACUAAGCAAAUUCUAACUAUUUUUCUAUACCUAUUGGUUUUAUUAACUCUAGCAAAAUCUGCUCCAUCACCUUUUGGCUGCAUGAGCUUUAAGGAAGACGAUCGCAUACUCUUGGAUGAAGAUGAUGACACCGAUGAGUAUGAUCCGCCACAAUUUGAUUCAUCUGGUCUGACAGCCAAAGAAUUACAGAAUACUGUUAAUGCAAAACUAGAAGUACUGGAAACAACUACACCCACAUUUCGGGUGUGUCCAGCUGAUUAUACAUUUUGUUUUUCUCUUUGGAGCAAUACGCCGAAUGGAACUCAAAUUGUAAAACAAGGUUGUUGGAAAGAAAGCACAGAAGGUAAUGCCACCUGUAAUCACUCGGAAUGUGUAAGUUCUUCACCCACAUCGACCUCGCGUAAUAGUUCCAUGUAUUAUUGCUGUUGUUCGGGUAAUUCUUGCAAUAAUAAUGUCUCGGUAGUAGAGCCCUCAUUUUUGGAGUUGUCGAAAACAAAUUUUGCUGAAGCUUCAAAUUUAUUAAAACCUAAUGAUAAACUAAAAUGGUCUACCACCAACCUGUGGUUUGCUGUUCUAAUAGUUUGUCUCUUUAUAACGCUUAUGUCAACUUUUAUAUAUUUUCGCAGCAUAAGGGAAAAACCAGAGCCAGAGGAGGCACCUUUAGCACCCUCGGGUCCUGGUUAUAGUUCUAAUUUACGUAAUGUUGAUAAUUUGAAUUUGGUUUGCAUGCUGGACAGUGGCAAAUAUGGUACCGUAAUGAAGGGUUUAUUACAUGAUCAGGAGGUGGCUGUUAAAAUAUUUCCCGAGGCCCAUCAGCAGUAUUUUAUUAACGAAAGAAAUAUUUACUCGCUGCCUUUGAUGGAUUGUCCCGCCUUGUUGACAUAUUUUGGUUAUGACGAACGUCAUACUAUGGAAGGUAAAUUGGAAUAUCAUUUAGUUUUGUCUUUGGCUCCUUUGGGCUGCUUACAAGACUGGUUAAUAGCGAACACCGUAAAUUUUGAAACAUUCUGUGGCAUGGUGAAAACAAUAACUCGAGGUCUUUCCCAUUUACAUACCGAAUUAAAAAGAGGCGAUGAACAUAAGCCCUGCAUAGCACACAGGGACCUGAAUACCCGUAAUAUUUUAGUAAAAGCGGAUCGUACCUGUUGUAUAGCCGAUUUUGGUUUUGCUUUAAAGGUAUUUGGUCCUCGUUACGAAUACAAAGGAGAGGUGGCAGAAGCUGAAACUAAGUCCAUAAAUGAAGUGGGUACUUUGCGUUAUAUGGCUCCCGAAUUAUUGGAAGGAGCCGUAAACUUAAGAGAUUGUGAGACUUCGCUAAAGCAAAUGGAUGUUUACUCUUUGGGUUUGGUGUUAUGGGAAGUGGCUACUCGUUGUUCAGAUUUCUAUCCACAAGGACAAGUCACACCACCCUAUAAAGCUCCUUAUGAAUUGGAAGUGGGUUCUCAUCCCUCUUUCGAUCAAAUGCAAUCAUUGGUAGUAAGACGUAAGGCACGUCCUCUAUUCCCCACUGGUUGGGGAGGUGGUCCUGCCGCAAAGCUAAUUAAAGAUACUUGUGAAGAUUGUUGGGAUCAUGAUGCCGAGGCACGUUUAACCUCUCUGUGUGCCGAGGAGAGAAUGCAUGAAGCUGCUAAUAUAGGUGCUCGUUUAAAUGCCCAUUUAACAGCUACAACACCUUUACUGAAUGCCAAUAAUCUGGGUACUAUUCACUCAGAAAAUGAAUUAAUUUAUGAGCAUAAACCUCGUUCUCCCAAUAAUAUAGAGACCAUAACUAACGACACUAAUACCGUAUUAAAUCCACCACCAAAUAUGAAAUUAUUUCCAUACUUAAAGGACAACAAUGAGCAUGCCUCUACAUCGUCAACAACCGAAAAGAAUCUUUUAAUACAGCCGCAACAACAAUUGCAACCCUAUCAGGGUAGAAAUCCCUGUCAGGAAAGAAAUCUGGCACCUAAAGUGGCUCAGUAUCCGCAAAAACUUAUACAAAGUAGCAAGAAACACAGUUUCCAACCGCAAUCUGGAGAGGAUAAUGGUUUCUCCUGCUUAGACGACGAUGUUUCUGUGGAAGAAUUAAUCUCUGGCGGCAGCUCUAAGAAAUUUCCCUCGCUGGAACAAGAGGAAUCGACUCAUAUGGGCCAAGGUUUUCCCAAACAACAAAAUACCGAUCGUAAACUAAAAGGUUGGCAUGGUGUUAGAGCUUUAAUACAAAAACGACUGUUUCGCAAAAACGAUGGCAUAGAGAAUUUUGACAUUUUUCGGCAUUUAAAUGGGGGAGAUGAAAAAUCAAAUCUGGUAGAGAAAAAUUUAAGCAACAAACCGGUAGUUAUCAGUUUUAUAGACAAGGAGAAAGCCAAUUGUGAUAAACCUAGUGCUACGACGACUACCAUGGUUGCAGAUCACACCAAUAAUGGUUAUGUACAAAAUAAAAGGCCCAAUAAUUUGGAUCUAAGUCCGCUGGCACAGACGAAUGGUUUCAAAAUUACACCUCCUAAUAGUUUGCAAUCAAAUCCUAUAACCACCAUUGAAGAAGAAGAGAUACAUAAUGGAGUUGAUGCAUUUGAAGAGAACGAUACCAAUGACGAUGUGGAUGAAGUAGAUGGUAUAGUAGAGUAUAGAUUGAAAAGUCUAGACAAACGAAAGUCUACACCCUCACACAUAGUAACACGAUCUAGAUCAACUAACCUAUCUAUAGACACCACAAAUGGUCAUUUAAGCGAAGCGGAACUUAAAAAUAUUUCAGCCAUAAAUAAUGCAGUCAUGAUGAGAAAUCACUCCAAUUCAGAACCACAAUUUAGAAGACAACGUAGUCUCGAGGUAUUUCGUGAGGUAUUCAAUGCUCGUGGCAGCAAUGAAAGACUACGUGAUCCCAGUCAACGUGUUAAGACUCCAGGUGAUGUACCACCUUCGGUACGUAAAAUAAGAGCUUCAAAAACUUUAAGUCUUUAUGAUGAUCGCAUGAUGGACUCGUCUCUCUUAAAUGCACUCUAGCAUGAAGAAGUUCUGCUCUUAGAAUUAUAGGAGCAGAACUUUUGAUACUCAAUCAAUUAGAAAUCAUAAUCAUACUCAUCAUUUACUAAAACAUAUUUACAUAUUUAUUAUAUAAUUAUAUAGAUUACAGGACAAAAUUCACAUACACACAUAAAUCACACAUACACACACAAAUUAUACAAACUUAUUCUUAGAUCUUUUUUAUAGAUAAAGUUCUAUAAAAAAUUUAAAUAACAUUUAGAAAAAAAAAAAACAAAGCAAAAUCAAACGACCAAAGUUAAAGUUUCUUAUAAUUAUAGCGAGAUUAAUUUUAAUUUAAUCUAUUUUAUAUAAGAACAAAAACUUUUGUUAGUUUCUUUUCUCUUCAGUUUUCUUUUUUAUAUAUUUUUUAUAGCAAAAACAAAAAAAGAGAAGAAUGAAUUGAAAAAAAGUGUUAAAUGUAUUUAUGUAUGUAAUGAUGUAUUAAUUAUAUGUAUUUUUGUAGUAAAGUCAUAAUUAAUUAGCUUAGUAAACAUAAUCAUUAUAUUAGAGAAAAGAAAAAAUUAUAUAUACUUUAUUUCUCAGAGUGAGCCAACAGCGGGAACAGAGAGAUCAAGUCAUUAGAAUGAAGUCUGUCUAGAAAGCAUUUUCAGUUACAUAUCUUAAGUUUUCUAAUAUGUAUAUUUUAGCUGCAAUUAUUUUGAGAUUUUUAAAGAGAUUUAUUUCUAAAAUUUGGCAUUUCUAACUUUAAGUUAUUAUUGAUAAUCACAAUGACUUGAUUAAUUUAUUGAUAUGUUUUUAAUAAAUUGCUAAACUAAACUAUUUCAAGGUAAAACUAAGUGUUGAGAAAUGUCUUCAUUAGAAUUUAUUAAAAAAAAAGCAUCCAUAUAAAAAUUUAGAUUUAAAUGUUUCAUAUUUCUGUAAAAACUACAAACUCAGUUGAAACAACUGAAAAAAUAUUUCAAAAGUCAAUUUGCAAUAGAACAAAUUAAAAACUAAAUACAUUUUUAUAUUUAAAUAAAAUUUAUAUGUCUAUGACAAUCGAAAAUUUAUCUUCUUAACAAGUUAAAAUAGAUUGAACACAAAUAUACAGAGAAUAUAUUUGCUAUCCUGGAAAAAAAACUACGAAAAGUUGUUAAAAAAAUGGUUAAGAUUAACUUCUACUUAUUUCAAGAUUAAGAUUUUUGAAUAUUUCAAAGCGACAGUUGAAAUAGAGAAUACAAAUUUUAGUCGAUAAAUGUGAAAAAAAAUCUUGAACAGUUUUAAUCAAGAUUUUGUUUAUUGGCAUUAAAAUGUUCACACAAUUCGCAACUAAA